AUGUAUAUCUACGAUAUCUUGAAAACAACAGCGGCUCGCGGCCGCGGUAGGCACGAACUCAUGCUCAGGUCCGGAGACCGCUCUGCUAUAUCCGGGGCAGAGAACCCCAGGGUGUCCUUGAGCAGAGCUCUAUCCAAGGAGCUGAGUUGGAGACCCGAGACAUGUCCUUCCGACAAGCCGCUGGCUCCCAUUAACAGGCACCUCUGCCGCGCCUGCCGGCGUAUUCUUCAGGGGACUGGAACGGAAGCCAUCAACAUUUUUAGGCCAAAUAAAGAUGGCGUAUUCUUUGAGCACUUGGAUGGCUAUUUCCUUGAGAGGAGUGCCCGCAGCGGCUGCGACAUGUGUACGGUUGUUUGGAACAGCCAUCGACCCUCAAGGGAAAUGCUGGCAAAGUGUGAAGAGAUUCCAUUACGGUUCGACUACGGCCGUUUCUUGCGGCCGGAUACUCAAUACGCCGUCCAGUUCUAUCCCUUCGCACUGCUAGAAUUGAGAGGACAGAUGAUGCCAAUGGUGAUGCCGACAAUCACUCUGACACUCGACGGCGUGGCAGAGGGCCUGCCGUGCUCGACGACAGGCCUGCAGUUUACAGACGACAACCUGCGGGCAUGCAAGCCUCAACAAGGCGAGACGUCCACAGGCUCUCCUGAGUCCAUGUCGCAGAUUUCUAAGUGGCUGGAGCGCUGCAAGUGCUGCACCUCCCGAAGCUUGUCUACACAGAGGGGUUUUGUCCCUGAUCGCCUGGUUGAUGUCGAUGCGUCAUAUCCUGACGAGAUUCACGUCGUCGACGGAAGCGAGGUCGCGGAAUCCUCUCCUUACAUCACCCUAAGCCACUGUUGGGGUAACAUAGCAGAGAUUCAAGAUUUAACUUGCCGGCUUGUGGUUUCCCGGAUCCACGAAUUCAAGAAAGGAAUCUCCCUGCAGAAACUGCCGAAGACCUUUAUCGAUGCAGUUGCAGUCGUCCGGUCGCUGGGAAUACAGUACAUAUGGAUCGACUCUCUCUGCAUCAUGCAAGACUCGGAAGAGGACUGGCACCGCAACGCAGCGGUAAUGUGGAAAGUGUAUGCUUCGUCAUUCUUGACACUAGCGGCAACAGCCUCGCGCAACUCUACCGAAGGCCUAUUUCGCACAAGACCAGCGGCUACACUAUCUCCAGGUAUUGUUGAGGUGCCAGAGGGACACCCCCAGCUUGCCCCUGGCCGGUAUAGUUGCUAUGACGAUGAGGAAUGGCUUGCGGCCAUCGACCACGCACCACUUAACAAGCGUGCUUGGGUUUUCCAGGAACGGCUCCUGUCGCCCAGAAUUGUGCAUUUUGCAGAGAACCAGCUCUACUUUGAGUGCUAUGAGUUCACGGCAUCAGAGAGGUUUGCGGAUAGUAUUCCGAAAAGGCUAUGUACAUCGUCUCGUCGAGAUAUACUACCGCAGACUCUGGGUGAUCCUGCCACAAAGAAUCUGAUCCCAAUUUGGGACAGAAUUGUCUCCACGUACACCGCACUGGCGUUGACGUACGACUCGGACAAGAUGGUGGCCGUAUCGGCCAUUGCAAGCCACCUCUCGGACCUGAUUCCGAACUGUGGACGCUACCUCGCGGGGCUCUGGGAGCACAGCCUGGUAGGGCAACUCUGCUGGAGCACACCUGCUAACGCCUCUAGAGCCAGGGCAUAUCGGGCGCCUUCGUGGUCCUGGGUGUCCGUAGACGGCGAUGUGUCACCGCAUUUUUUCGAUCUCACAAACGCUCCUCGACACAGAGCAAGAGCUAUCGCGUCUGUUAUUGAGGCCACCACUACUCAUCCUUAUAGCCCAUUUGUAUCAUUCACAAGCGGUAUCCUGAGAGUCUCGGCGCCCCUCUAUCGGAUUACGCUGGCUAAGCCAAAGGAUACAAAGCCUCCCGUGAGACAGUCGGAAGACAAAAAGGAGCUAAUCGACAUAAUCUCAAAGUCCCAACCUGGUUACACCGGCACGAGCCUUCGGUCGGUGGGCCUCUCGACCGGCGGUCUGCCUACUGGGUUGUCAGGGAUGCAGCGGUUGGAAAUGGACCCCACAGAAAAUCUCAUGGUAACCCACAACAGCAACGUCACUGUCGGCCCGGAGAAAUUGCCGGAAUCGCCCUUGCGAAGCUUUGAGAUGGGACCUGAGGGGGUGUACUUUGGUUCCUUGUUGAAGAUAUCGCCGCGAGACGCGAGAAUCCGUGCCGUAUUCGUUGCCAUGAUCCCAUGCAUAUGCGGGUAG